AAUUGUUUUUUUUUUUUGAUCCCAUAUUACUUUGAGUUAAAAUGGAUAAUGACUUAAAAAUUUCUUCAGGGCCAAUAUUUUGUCACAGAUGUGGUACAUUAAUGAUAAAUACUGGUGACGAUGUUUUGGAAUGUUUAGCAUGUAAUGCAAAAAAGGAUGCAGCCGAAUAUGAUGAUAUAAUAAUUGUAACAAAAAGUAAUCCAAAAUCAUUUCCUUCGAAAUUACGAUUACGCCGCUCAAAAAUUCAACAAUUGGAUAGGUACAAAGAAGAAAGCGCAAGAAUAAAGGAAAAGUGUCCAAACUGUGGAAACGAUGAAAUGAAUUAUCACACAAUGCAAUUAAGAUCAGCCGAUGAAGGACAAACCGUUUUUUA